ACCCUCUCACCACAUCAAGUUCGUUUUCUUUCACAUUCCAUGAGAGAGCAAGGCAAGAAGCUAUCGCCCUUUUGUAACACUAUUGCUAGUUUUCAUCGCCAUGCCGAAACCUCCGAAACUUGCCAAGAAGCCGCCACUCAAACGCAAUGAGAGUAACUACGAUGUUAUUAAGAUUCAGCCUUUGACCACUCAGCAUUCUAAGAGACUCAACCGAAACAAUAUCAUUUUGCGAAACGCGCCGUGGCUCCACUUAUUUGUCAGGGAUGCCCUCAUAGGACGGGGUGAAUUUUGUGUCAGUCAAAUGCGGGAAAAGACCAGGAACUUGUCCGUGGCUGAAUGGGAUAGCGUUCUGCUCAGUUUAAACCAAUCAAGGAAAGAGAGCCAGGAAGAAGUUGAGGAGUUUUUGGGCAAAGCCAUCGAAGCCUUUAUCGCCGACGAGUCCAAGUCUCUGCUGGAGAAGACGCUUGGUUCACACUUUAAAUGGAACUUGAAGAAUAACAAGCAUUUGAUUGACGCCAUCAAUUCAAAGUCCAUGGGCAUGGUUCGAGUAUUCGUGGAGAGGAAAUUCAUCGUGUACAGUCAAUUGAACGAUCUGUCCACCUUAACUAUGGAUAUAGACGAACUUCAAGAGAUCGAUCGUCUCGAGGCCGAAGCUAGCCCAUUCUAUCUAUUGAAUGUAUUCGAAAUAGAUCCUCUCCGUGACCCCGUGAAACGAUCGUUCCAACUCAUUCACUUGAUUCAAACACUUAUCCCUCACAUGUCUGCGUUCUCCGAGCGAUUGGGAAAACUUCAGAUUAAUAUCGAAGCCUUCUUGGUGGACUUGAUCAAGAAUAUUAACAAUUCGGAAAAGGCCAAGAUCUUCCUCAAUAGAGAUGACGCACUCGAGGAGCUCUCGUUGUCGAGUGAUCAUAGUAGUUUUUUUCCUCGGAUCCACUUAGGCCUGACCCUUAACUUGAAGUCCUUCGUGAGCCAUGACAAUUGUCAAAAGUCCAUCUACGACACGAUCAUCGAUGAGAGCUGGAGCAAUCAUCCCACACCGUCCAAGUAUUGUUGGCUAGUACUCAAGCAGGUGAUCCUGACGCCAUUGGUUUGCGCUGCUUUCCUCUUUGGAGGCUGCUGUUGCUACCGAGGUCCCCCCCAAAGAGGAUAUGUCAAUGGGUUGAUUCACAACUUGGAAGCACCCAUCAAUAAUUUCAUAAGUCAUACUGUGGCCUACUUGGCUUUCGUUUUACUCAUCAUCUUGAAUCAGUCGAACAUACAAGAUCAGCCAGGCGUAGAUGUCACGUUCUAUGGCGUCCUAUUGGUGAUAUAUGCCGUGAGCUUUUUGUUCUUGGAUAUCAAGCUGAUGUAUCACCUCUCGAAAAGUGUUCAAUCCGUGGCGAAUUGUAGGAAAAGGGUCCAGAGUUUUUUCUCCAACUGGACCUAUAAUUUCCGCUUCGUGGCCCAUUUCCUAUUUCUGAUUGGUCUUUCGUCAGAAUUCCUGGGUUACAUUCUUGAGCCUUACGUCCUCUCCAGGAAACCGAAGUUCAGCGCUUGUGCCCUUGACAAUGCCUCCACCUAUGGGGGCUAUCACAUCGUUUCGAUUGGGAUUAGUUGCCAGGGCGUUGGUAUUGUGAUGAUCCUAAGUUACGCCAUACAAUUCUUCAGAUUGCACCCAACAUUAGGAGCUUUGUACAUUGGGAUUCGAAAGUGUUUCAGUCUCAUCGUUAGUUUCAUCCUCACCUACUUGAUCCUCUUUGGCGCCUUUGCCAUUGGUUUUCACGUCAUCAUGAAGCACAACGUGGAGCAUUGUAAUCCAUCUAAAACCUAUGAUUGCGUGAGUAACCAAACGAGUCCGGAAGAGAUCUACCAAGUCCCCUUGGAUGUGACGCUCAUUUGCCGAAAUGGUCAAAAACCUGAUCAAAAAGACUGUUCCAAGGAUUGCAUACAAGAUUGGAUUAAAAAUCAGACCAGGGUGAAUUGUAGCGACGGCUCAAUAAUCCAGCCUACUCUCAAGAGCCCAAUCUCUCAAGGCCGUACGGUCCAAUCCCAAGGGAACUUAAAAAAUGAGUUCUUUAGAUUAAACAGCACGAGCAAAGCACUAUUUUGGGCCAUUUUUCAGCCAGGUAACCCCGAUUUGGUUGGAUGCUCUGAUGGAAUCAGUAGACAGGCUAGUCUCACUUUGUGGGGUGUAUAUAACAUCCUCAUUUCCAUAAUAAUGCUCAACUUACUUAUUGCACUGAUGAGCUCAACGAUGGAAGUCAUUCAAAGCGGAAAGAUCAUCAAUUGGAAAUUUCAUUGGACUCAGCUAUGGAUGGACUAUUGUUUCAAAUUCAUCAUUUUACCACCACCGAUAAAUCUGUUGCAAUUGGUCCUUGGGAUGUGCCAAUGUUGUCGAGAUUCGCAAGAUUUGACCCCGCCACAUUCGACGGAGGAAAUUGAAUACACCGAUCUCCUGGAUGAUCUAAAGGAAGAGUAUCUAAAAAAUUUUGAAAACUCAGAUCUUAAUGAUGCGAAUAAGGACGACUUUGAUCGGCUGGCCAAAGAGCAAAAGCUAAUGGGAUCAAAAAUCGAACAAAUAUUGACGCUUGUGCGUAAAGCCUAAUAUUGUAGUGUGCGCUUGAGUUACUCGUAGUACAUCGCUAAAUAAGGUUCUCGCAAGUAUUUAAAUUGGGCUAAUAAAUGAAGUGACUGGGUCGUGGGGGCACUCGUCUUUAAGCCUAA